AUGGGAGGCGGAGGCAAGAGAAAACAAGAAAGAGAUAGGGGCCUUGUUUGUGAGCUGGACGAGGAUGGGCAUGGCAAGGCGAGCUGGGUGAGGAUGGGCAUGGCAACGGUGUCCUCCAUGGCCUCUGCUGCCCCCGCGCCCUCGUUGGAGCGGCUGGGCCUGGAGCGCCGCGACGGUGUCAACGGGAUGGGCCUGAGCCUCCUCGUCCCCGACGACACUGAUGAUCCCGCCCUGUUGAUGCCCGCAUUGCUCCCAGGGCCCUUCCCCCUGUGCUCCUGUGACUCUCAACAAGUGCCUCGCCGCCAAAGCGAAUGA